AUGUCAGAAGAAACUGAAAAAACUAAUUUAAAAGAAAUCAUAGAUCUUAUUGAGCUUUUACUGAUUAACAAUCCUUUAGAUGCACAAGAAUAUAUUGAGAUUGAUAAUUAUGUAAAUAUUGAAGAGGAUUUAACU